AUGUCAGAACUGCACAAGUUAAGUUACUGGGAAGAAAUAUAUAGAAAUGAAAAAAAAAAUUAUGAAGAAUCAAGCAUUGAAUUAGGAGAAUGGUUUGAAGAAAAUUGUGACAAAAUAAUAAACUGGAUUGAAACUAAUUUCAAAGAACAAAAAAAUAUAACAGUUCUUGAUAUUGGAUGUGGGAAUGGAUUAUUUUUACAUAAAUUAUAUGAAAAAGGAUUUUUUAAUUUACACGGUUUGGAUUUUUCAAAAACUGCCAUAGAAAUAGCUCAAAAGCUAUUUAAUGGGACAAAUAUACAUUUAGAAGUUUUAGAUAUAUGUAACAUUGAAAAAGAGAUACAUAAAUCAAAAUUAAAUAAAAAUUAUAAUUUAUUAAAUGAUAAGGGAACAUUUGACAUAUUUUUUAUGAAUAAAAAAGAAAAUGAAUACUUUAAACAAGUUUCUUUUUUCUUACAAAUUAAUACUGUUUUUUGUAUUACUUCAUGUAACGCUUGUAAAGAGGAAAUAUUGCAAAUUAUUAAUAAUUUUAAUGAAAAUAAUUCUAAAUUUAAACUAUCAUUAAUUGAUGAAAUAUUAUAUGAAACCAUAUCAUUCUCAGGAAAGACUGGUCAAAUCAUCACUACUUUAAUUUUUAGAUGCCUAUAA